AUGCCUAUUCUUCUUACUUUUUGUUAUGCUAAUAGAAACUUGCUCACAUCUAGAGUUUUCAUUAAUCAUGCGCAUGAAAAAUCUUUUUCAAAAAUAUUAUUUAUGCCUCAGAAGAACUCAACUAGACAAAAAGUUUUAGUGCUACCAUGUAAUGACAAAAAUUUUCGUCAUAUUCUUUUCAGCCUCAGUUAUGCUAACAACAUUGUCGUAAAUAAGGAUACAAAAGCAUGUAGUAAGCAAAAGAGGAAAAGCUUGAGCGUGGAGAUAAUGGAAAAGUUUUUAUGCUUGUUGGAGAAAGUCUUCACUCCCUUGAGUAUAUUUCAACUGUUAAAAAUUGAACACAGAUCAUUAUUUAUGAAAACGAUUUUCUAA